UGCUGUUCAUUAAUUUGUGAUAAUGCAAAUUAAUAUGGCAAUUCAUACAGUUUAAAAGUAUCAACUGUAUAUUUUCUGUUUUUCAGUGCUGUUGUUAGCAGGGAAAUCUUUCGGGUAAAUUUAGGUAUGAUGCAAGGUGAAGGGGCGGUAACGCAUUUCGCGCAUUUGUGUAUGUGGAAGACAUAUUUGUUGACAUUAACUUUAUUUGCUAAUUUGCGAUAAUGUAAUUAGCUUCACAGUGUACUGAAGGUGUGAACUGAAUAUUCAUCAGCUCAGAUUCUGUAGUUGUUCUUCACAUAUGCCAGAAAUUAAAUUAACAGAAGUUAAAGAUUAUACUUUGCAGGAUGAGAAACAUCCAGUCGAGAAUCUUCUCAGUGGACGUGCCAAUGGUGGAAAAUGGCUUAUUCCUGCUUCAAGAUCAGCUUCAUCCAUGACAGCAACAUUUCAGCUAGCAAAGUGCUGCGUUAUCAGUAGUGUGCACAUUGGAAACAGUGGUUCUGCAUUUGUGUCUCUUCUGGUAUCAAGGACAGGAUGUUCUGAGUUCAAAGACCUGUUACCUUGUUGUGCUAUGAUGACGGUACAACAGAGUAGGAGUGGCCAAAAUAAAAACUGCGUUAAACUUUUUAACAAAGACGACUUCCUCGAAGCAACUAAAAAGGAAAAAUGGGACCUAUUACGUGUGGUUGUCACACAACCAUUUAAUCAGAGAAUGCAGUUUGGAGUUUGUUUUCUGCGUGUGUUCAGUUUUCAGGAAGAGGAAACUGAAAGUACGAAAGUUAAUUCAGAUUCUUUUUCCAAAUUGGAAAAAAUGAGGAGUCAAAUCAAUAGCCCUCUGAGCCCACCAAGCUCGAAGUUGGCCGGUCAACAAUUCAGUGGUUCACCUCUUACUCGUAAGGAUAAGCUCUUUCGUCUGCUGGGUCAGCAGCAUAAUAAACUCCAGGAAAACAGGAAGACAACUUUGACUAGAGCGAGGGAUGAAGAAUGUGAAGGUUUAUUUGAAGCAGUUGUACUCAGUUUUAUGGAGUCUCUAAAUCUGUGUGAUAAAGAUUUGGACAACAUUGCAUUAAUUGAUGUACAAAAGAAAAUGGAAAAGGUCCAUGGUCGAGAGUUGUCACUCGAGGAAAGACAUACUUUUUUCACCGUUGUCAAAGAUUAUGUGAUAUCAUUGAAAGAUACAAAAUCCAACGAUGCGAAGUCGCAACAUCUUGACCAAACCAUCGAAACGGAGCCGCGUUCCAAAGAGGAGUUUGUAAAACCAAAAGAACUCAUUGUCGCUGUAAAUUUACCACAACGCGACAGUGGUGCUCGAAAGAAGCUGAUUUUGGGGGUAGAAUGCAGUGCGAACAGCGGUGGAGACGGAACAGGUUCGAUGGAUACGCAAAGAGAUUACUCCACGGAUGCUAGUACGUCCAGGACAAGCUGUUAUGAUGAUCUGAGUCCUGCAGCCAGAAGAAAUCUUAUUUGUUUAGAGGAUUCUGGUCGUACACUUGAAUCCAUGCGUCAUGAAAGAAAAAGGACUGGUAAGGUAGUAGGUUGUUGCAGAUGUUUUUUGAAUACGUUAGGCCAACAGAAGCCGAUGGGACAGGUGAAGAGGAAAUUUUCAGAGAUUGAUGAUCCGAGUGAAAAUUGCCAUGCAGUAGACUGUUACGAGAUGGAUAUUACUGCUAAUUUUGAUGUUUCAGAACCACAGGAAGUCAAUCCUGAUGUAGAACGCUGUACAAGAGAAAAUUUAGUUGAAUGUCCUGUAUGUGGCGUAUACUUUGAAAGUGAUAUCAUUGAAAACCACUCUUCGGAAUGUGUCUCGUUUUCCGACAACCCCGUAACAGAGGAUUCUGUUAUACAGGAACUGACAUGUCCAUUGUGCUUAAAGAAGUUCAGCGCGGCAAUUAUAGAUGCACAUGCCAACGUUUGUGCCUCACAAAUGUUUGGAGAUUAAAAAUUAUUGGAACAAGAUGAUACCUAAAAAGAAAAGAAACAUUAAAAUAAUUAUUUUAUUCAUUUAAGUGGAACUUCAAACACAAAUAUUGUAAAAUUAGCAUCAUUACAGCAGAAAUUUCAGUUGUAUGAUGCAUUUAUCAUUUUUCAUCAUACGCAGUUGUCAUCCAUGGACAUAAGUGAGAUAUCAGGUUCUCACGGUGGCAAGUAUGAAGAUUGCUGUAUUCUGGGUUGUAGCGCUGUGUAGUCUUUUAGAACUUUGCUGCUGUUGUAAAAGGUGCUACACCCUGAUGGCGGAGGCAUCAGUAAACUUUUACCAGACUACGCGGUUCUGUAAUCCAGGAGACGGCCAAUUUCAGAAAACCUGUCUGUUGGGCCCCCUGGUUGAGCUGGUCUCAGAUGUGGACCAGGCUAGCUCAAUCAGUGGUUAUGAAAGUUUUUAGCUACAUGUAGCAGACUGUGGUUUCAUGAACAGCCAUGCAGAACAUAAGCCUCAAAAUAUAAUAUGUUGAUUGUUAUAAUGGCAGCUGUUCAAGAUGUGCAAUCAAUUGUGAACUGUAUCUUAUGUUGUUCAGAAAUAACUUGGAGAGAAACCUG